AUGAAUGAAAGAGUUAUAUUAACUGUAAACAAUGUUGAAAUACAAAUAAAUAAAUAUUUCGCUGUUGCAUUUUCUCAAAUGAUUUACAAUACUUAUGUUUUAGAUAACAAUACACUAAAGAUCGAUAUCAAAACGAAAGUAGAAUCACAAGAAACAUAUGAAGUGUUGAAAGAGAUAUUACAAUAUAAUAAAACAGAAUUUGAAUGCAAUGAUACAAUAUCGAAAGAUCUUUUCUACAUCGGAAAUAAACUCGGAAUACAAGAACUGAUUGAUCCAUAUAAAACACAGGUUCUCGACAAAAAUAACUGUGUUCAACUACUCGAGAUUUAUUUUGAUAUUUGUUCUGAUAGUAAAAUAUCAGAAUGUGUUGAUUUCAUUUCUUCUCAUUUCUACGAGAUUGAUCAAGAUGAUCUAAAAUCAAUUUCGAAGAAACUCGGAUUUGAUAUCAUUCAAAGUAUUUUUAAUAAUGAUAAACUAUUAAUCAAAGAUGAGGAUUCGAUAGCAAAUUUCAUAUUCUCUCUCAUUAACGAAAGUGAAAUUUUCUCACCACUCGUUGAAUACAUUCAUUUCGAAUUUUGCAGUGAACAAGUCAUCAAUAAAAAUCUUGUCAUUAGUGAUGAAAACAACUAUUUCAAUAUUAUCAAAUCUCUUCAUGAUUCAUUACUUAGAUCAAGAAACAGCAAAUACGAUCAUACUCGUUAUUUCAUUCCAAGCGAUUAUCAAAACAUUUUCAAAUAUCUUGAUGAUCUUUCAAGAAAAGUUGAUCAAACUUUAUUUGAAACAGUAUGUGAAGACAUUCUAAAUAAAAAUGAUGAUGAAUUUCGUAAUAAUAUCUUAUUGGAAUCAUGUGAAAAAGGAAAUCUUGCACUCGCUAAAUCUCUGAUUGAGCAUGGCUGCGAUAAAGAAGUUAAAAACAAAAAUAAUCAGACUCCGCUCCAUUUAUCAUCUUUUAAUGGUCAUCUUGAAGUUGUUCAAUAUCUUAUCUCUAAUGGAGCUGAUAAAGAAGCAAAGGAUAAUUGGGGAAUGACUCCACUCAUUAAAGCAUCAGAAGAAGGUCAUCUUGAAGUUGUUCAAUAUCUUAUCUCUAAUGGAGCUGAUAAAGAAGCAAAGGAUAAUUGGGGAAUGACUCCACUCAUUAAAGCAUCAGAAGAAGGUCAUCUUGAAGUUGUUCAAUAUCUUAUCUCUAAUGGAGCUGAUAAAGAAGCAAAGAGUAAUGAUGGAAAUACUCCACUCAUGUGUGCUUCAAUAUUCGGUCAUCUUGAAGUUGUUAAAUAUCUUAUCUCUGUUGGAGCUGAUAAAGAAGCAAAGAGCAAAAAUGGAUAUACUCCACUCAUUAUUGCAUCAGCUAAUGGUCAUCUUGAAGUUGUUAAAUAUCUUAUCUCUAUUGGAGCUGAUAAAGAAGCAAAGAGCAAAAAUGGAGAUACUCCACUCAUUUGGGCAUCAAGAAAUGGUCGUCUUGAAGUUGUUAAAUAUCUUAUCUCUAUUGGAGCUGAUAAAGAAGCAAAGAGCAAAAAUGGAGAUACUCCACUCAUUUGGGCAUCAAGAAAUGGUCGUCUUGAAGUUGUUAAAUAUCUUAUCUCUAUUGGAGCUGAUAAAGAAGCAAAGAGCAAAAAUGGACAAGCAGCAAUGGAUCUUGCAAAAGAUAAUGUAAAAAAGUAUCUAAAAUCUUUAGAGUAG